GUGCAUCUCGCGCGCUCUUUCGAGUAACAAGCUUUGUUCAUCUUUUUACCUCACUUAUCACCUAUCUACUUUCUUCGUUUCAUCCUCCAUUUCAAAGUCGACAUAAUGUCUGCUGAAUACGAUAACGAGAACGGUCGCUAUGACGACGAGCCUCGCUUCGCACGCGACCGCAGCGCUUCUCCUCGCGAUGAGCCUCGGGGCGAUCGUGCUCGCAGCCGUUCGCCCCAUGGACGUGCCGAUGACCGUGCUCCCGUCGAUUCCCGCAAGCCCGACGAUGAUGAAGAAGGUGCCAUCAACCCCGGCUCGAAUCUCUUCGUCACCGGUAUUCACCCUCGUCUGACCGAGUCCGAUAUCUCCCGUCUGUUCGAGAAGUACGGCGAUGUCGAGAACUGCUCGAUCAUGUUGGACCCUCACACCAAGGAAUCUCGUGGCUUCGGCUUCGUCAAGAUGGUCACUGCCGAGCAGGCUGAUGCUGCCAAGGAGGGCCUGCAGGGUGAGGUUAUCGAGGGCCGUACUCUGAGCAUUGAGAAGGCUCGUCGUAGCCGCCCCAGAACUCCUACCCCUGGCAAAUACUUUGGACCCCCAAGCGUGAAUUCCGUGGACCUGGUGGCCGCGGCGGCCGUGGUGACCGUUAUGAUGACAGACGCGGACCUCACGGUGGCGGCUGGCGUCGCGGCGGCGGCGGCGGUGGUGGUGGUGACGACUACCGUUAUGGUCGUUAUGACUCCUACAGUGAUCGUCGUGACUAUGGUGGUGGCCGCGAAGGCGGCCGCGAAUACCGCGACCAUCCUCGUCGUGAAUAUCGUGACGACUACAGCUACCGUGGUGGCAUUGAUCGCUACGCCUCCGGUAGUGGUGGUGGCCGUGAAGAGCGCUACGGCGACGCCCCUCCUGCCCGCGAACCCUACGCUGGCCGCUCUUAUGAACCCCGUGGUGGUGAAGACAGAUACAGUGGCCGGUAGGUGAAUUGACGACAUGGGAAGCCAACACUCGAAUCGGGUUCAUGCAACGUAAUUAUUCCCCAUGUUAGUCUUUUCCUCUUUUCGCUGGCUUUUCCCCAUCUUCCUAUCCUCCUGCUCCUUCCUCUUGUGACGUG